GCGCUGGCCUGUACGUGAUCGCACAAGCUGAGCAGGGAGGAGGAGGAGGGAGGAGUUGCUGCUCUGACAGUUUUGAGUCAAGAUGGCAGCAGAGAGGGAGCCCCCACCGCUUGGGGAUGGGAGACACACUGACUUUGAGGAGCUGGAUGACGGCGAGGACCUCUUCACCAGCACAGUGUCCACCAUGGAGUCCAGUCCGUCUUCUCCUGAGCCAGCAAGCCUUCCUACAGAAGAUAUCAGUACAAAUUCAAACGGUCCAAAGCCUGCUGAAAUAAUCCUAAGUGAUGACAGGGAAGACCUUUUUGCUGAAGCAACAGAUGAAGUCUCAUUGGACAGUCCUGAGAGAGAGCUAAUCCUUUCAUCAGAACCUAGUCCUGCCAUUACACCUGUAACACCUACAUCACUCAUAACUCCACGAAUGGAAUCUAUUAGUAUAUCUGCCCCAGUAAUAUAUGACCGAUCAAGAGAUGAGAUUGAAGAAGAAGCAAAUGGAGACUUCUUUGAUAUUGAAAUAGGUGUUUCAGAUCCAGAAAAAGUUGGAGAUGGAAUGAAUGCUUACAUGGCGUAUAAAGUUUCAACAAAGACUUCUUUGUCCAUGUUCAACAAGAAAGAAUUCUCUGUUAAGAGACGAUUUAGUGACUUCCUUGGGCUACACAGUAAGCUAGCAACAAAAUAUAUGCACAUCGGAUAUAUUGUGCCCCCGGCUCCAGAGAAAAGUAUUGUGGGCAUGACUAAAGUUAAAGUUGGAAAAGAAGAUUCAUCAUCAAAUGAAUUUGUGGAAAAAAGGAGAGCUGCAUUAGAAAGAUAUCUUCAGCGCACAGUAAAACAUCCCACACUGUUACAAGACCCAGAUGUGCGACAGUUCUUGGAAAGCAAUGAGCUGCCAAGGGCGGUUAGCACCCAGGCUUUGAGUGGAGCAGGAUUAUUGAGGAUGGUGAACAAGGCUGCGGAUGCUGUCAACAAAAUGACAAUCAAGAUGAAUGAAUCGGAUGCUUGGUUUGAAGAAAAGCAGCAGCAAUUUGAGAAUCUAGAUCAGCAACUCAGGAAGCUGCAUGCCAACGUUGAAGCUUUGGUCUGUCACCGCAAAGAGCUUUCAGCUAACACUGCUGCCUUCGCCAAGAGCGCUGCUAUGUUGGGCAAUUCUGAGGAUCAUACAGCCUUGUCGAGGGCCUUAUCUCAGCUUGCUGAAGUAGAAGAAAAAAUUGACCAGCUUCAUCAGGAGCAGGCCUUUGCUGACUUCUAUUUGUUUUGUGAACUUCUGAGUGACUACAUCAGACUAAUUGCUGCUGUAAAAGGUGUAUUCGAUCAGAGGAUUAAGUGCUGGCAAAAGUGGCAAGAUGCUCAGAUUAAUUUGCAGAAGAAACGAGAGGCAGAGGCCAAACUUCAAAUCUCCAACAAACCGGACAAAAUUCAGCAAGCUAAAGAUGAAAUCCGAGAGUGGGAGGCAAAAGUUCAACAAGGAGAGAGAGAUUUUGAGCAGAUUUCCAAAAACAUUCGCAAGGAAGUAGGAAGGUUUGAGGCAUACAGAGUGAAAGACUUCAAGACAGUUAUUAUCAAGUACUUAGAAUCACUAGUACAAACGCAACAACAGCUUAUAAAGUAUUGGGAAGCUUUUCUACCCGAAGCCAAAGCCAUAGCCUAGAAUGAAGAUGAUUUCAUGCUCAACUCAUCAAUUGAUGUUCACCUCAUUCCACAAACAAAUCAUGUCUAAAAUCAAAGAAAAUAUUAAAAUAAACCACUCUAUAUUUUA